AUGACCUCCUCCUCGUCCACGAGCGAUGACAACGAAGAGAAAGCCAAACAGAUCGCCCAGUCGAUGAAAGCCGACGUCGCCGCGCUGAGCGAGCUGCUUUCGAAAGAGACUCUCGACGAAUCGGGCGAAGCCAGCAUCGAAGAACUACUUGCGCGAUUGGAGAAUGCGGAUGGGGUAGCCAAAGGGGUCGAGAACAAGCUGGACGCACUUCUCGGCAAUCUUGACAGUCUUCUCGAUGCUCUCGAGACCACAGCGGAGACCGAGCCUGCUCAAGCAGCGGAAAAGAAACAGAAACCGGACGAGGCAUAG